CCCUGUGUUCUGGCUAAAAAUUUUGGAAGAAUUGUGACAUCAAUAAUUUCAGACUUUGAGUAAUAAUUACGCGUCGGAUUCAGCCUACUGCAGUGUAGUUUACUAAUCAUGCAGAAGAGAAUGACUGACAAAGACAGGCGCAGAAGUGCCUCCAACGAGUCCCAAGCCCUGAGGGAUCUUGUGAACAACUUAAAGUUGGAACUUUUGCAAAGCCAAGUGGAAGCUCAAAAAGUUCGUGAUCAGCUGCAGUGUGUCAUUUACCUUGUUCGAAGGUAAGGACAGACAAAAGACAACCUGUACAUUUAUUAUCGAUUCUAUCAUUAGAUACAUAAAUUUACGCCUUCGUAGAAAGCUUUUGUUUAAUGCAUCAGUCAAUUCCCCCUGCACCCAGCCCCACCCUAGGCUACUACUGGGCAUUUGUCCACCUUGUCAGUCCCGGGGGUGGGGCAUUUGGGUGUAGGUGGAAUUGACUGAUGCAUAAACGUAAACUCACUUCCUCCAUCCUCAUGGUUACCAGAUGCUCUCCAAUGAAGUACACAUCUGCAUGGUUUAAAUUGAUCCUCCGACCCAAAUACAUGGUUACUCUUCCAAAAGACUCACUGUUUGUCUGUGUUAGUGGGCUUGUGCAUUGAACUGUUGUAUGUGAACAUGCAGUAGGGGGGAAAUCAGUGUGCAAAGAAAGUGGUGGAGCUAGUGGAUUUUGCUAUCAGGCUUAACUUGACGAUGGGCAAGUGAUUUUUUGGAAGAAUUCAAAUUACAGAAGAGGUGUUAUCAAUCCUGCUCAUCAAUUUCUUUUUUUUUUUUUUUUUUUGGGGGGGGGGGCAUAAAUGGCCUGUCCAUGAUCCUGUGCUUGUGAUCCCCCCUCCACCCCUUAUCAAAGUUGCUAGCAAUGCAAGACCAUACUCAAAACUUGGAGGAACAACUUUGAAUGGGAGGGAGGAGGGAGGUCAGUUUUAUAUUCUACAGACCUGUGACCAGGAGCGAUUUGAAGCAAGAAAGGGCAUUUUUCCGUGGGAGUGUCUCAACAUUUUUGCAACUGGUUGUAGCUACAGCUUGCCCAAAUGGCAAGCUGUUAAACUGACUUUCUUUUCACCCUGGGGGAAACUGUCUUUUGAAUUUCCUUUCAUCCUUUCAUUGACCUAAUCCACCCAAUAUUUGGAUUUUACCGCAUCAAUCUUUUUUUUUAUAUCCUAAGACUAGCACCCCUAUCCCUUGUCAAAGUGAUCUCAAAAUUUUUCUCAAGGAGUUGUAAAGACACUGGCUCUGGAAACAAACAAAAACCUUCCAACAUGUAUACAAUGUAGCUUCAUUAUUACACAUACCUGGCAACUUGGAAUCUUUGUGAUAGUCUUGUAUUAUGCCAUAGAGCUAUCUAACCUAAGAUCACUAAUGUAUUUCACUGGCAAGACUAAAUUUAAUUUAAGUCUAACAAUUUAAAUUAUUAUUUUGAACAUUCACCUCUUAAAAAAUCUUCUCAAAAAAAUUUUGUCAUAAGAGUUGUGGUAAUGAGGUAAUCAGAGUGGUGAAAUCAAAAGUACCAGUAGAUGUCUUUUGUCCUAGAAGUUGUACAUUAUGCUUGGAUUGAAUCAGAGAUCACAGUGCAAUUUAUGCAGAGAUAACAAGGAAAUAUGAUCUCUCUCUUUUUUUCCCUCCUGUUUUUACAUUAUUUUUUUUGCAGACCUUCAAUAACCUGUCAGAUCUAGAGAUCUGUGGAUAACUGUUGACCAGCAGUUAUCCAACAGUCAGCUGACAGAGUUGUGGGGGGCGGGGGGGGGACUGUUCUUCACACUUACCAGAAUAAAUAGCUUUACAGAGUUAUAAUGCAAAAGGUGUUAACUGUAAAAGCUAGGUUCCAUAUAAUUUAUCAGCUUUAGAUUAAACUUGUCUGUUUCUCACAUGCCACCAAUGUACCUGCAACAUUGCUGUCGGCAAUGCCUUCAAUACUACUAUGACAGGAGAACAUCUGCCGCUGGCAGCAAGAAGCAUUGCAGAUCUUUACCACCAGUGUACCAAUGAUGUUUAGCUUGAGUCAACUUCACAAGCAUAUUGGGAGGAAAGAUCGGGAUGGUUCUCUUGCUGGUGACCUCAGCUCUUGUAUCACAACAGGUGGUACAACUGUAUUUGGUGGCAUAUGAGAACCAGAGUUUACAUACACAUACUUAUUUUGCCCUAAUUUUUUGUUUGUUUGUUUUUGCAAAGAGCAUGGCAAGGAGACGAAAUCGCUUCUGUGCAUCUAUCAAACAUUGUUGGUGAGGACAUUGCAUCAUGUAAAUGUACACGUAGAUAUUACAUUUACAUUGCAUCGUUCAUGUAAAUCUUUAAUUUUGAAAUAUUUUUAUGAAAUAAUUUAAUCUUAGCAGUUGACACCAGCGGCCCUUAAUGCUUGUUGUUACUAACAGUGUCUUGCAUAAAUACAGUGUGACUACUAUAACUGGGACCACCUAGACAAAGUUGACCAAUCAGAAUACAGGAAAAUAACUACAAUUGAUUCCAAGAAAGUUAGUUGUGGGCAAUCAGCAGCUAGUAAGAAAAACAAUCAGUUACUCAAAGCACAAAAUUUAAAUAUUGAUAGCAGACAUUUUUCAAGAAAGCAAAAUGUUUCACCAGUCAACGUUUUUCUACUCGAAACUUUACAUAUAAUACCCAGGAGACAUAUUUGUUUGACACAAGAUGUUAUUUUAUCAACUACCAGCAAUUUCUUCGCUACCAUUGCCACGUUUUGCAAUAAACAUGCAACCUCAAAUCAAAAAUAUAACUAACUUUUACUUUUCACCGUAAUGGACCUCUCAGGAAACAUCGGCUUUCUUCAGCAAGUUGAAAAGGUCACGUCUGUAGGUUGUAAUGGGUUGAUUUUGAUCCAUGUUAAUGUUGAUUUCAUUCUGUGGUGAUUAUGAUUGACAACUAACUUUUUCAGAAUGUAUUGUUUAAUAUUUUCCUGUCAUCCAAUUGGUCAACGUUGACUAGGUCGCCCCAAUUAUAGUAGUCGCACCAUAAAACAAACAUACAUUUUGUACAAAACGUAGAACAUUAUAGAUGUUGUUCACCGCAUAAUUCUUUCCCACUCUGAGUGGAGUUCAACUAUUACGUAGCAGUUACCAAGACAGUAUAUAUACCCUUAAAACAUCACCAUGUAAGGAAAUCAAUAAAUGUUAAUUCAUAUUUAUCGUUCACAUUAUCAUUCACUAAGGAUUGAAUUAUUCCAUUAACACAUGUAGGAGUUGCACCUCCUAAGAUUCAGAGGAACUCAGAAUUGGGUACAUUUACAGCCACUCCCAAGGUGAGUUUUGUUACAUAUUUUCCAUGAUCUUUGUCACUUAUGAUUUUUAUUUGGUCAUUUCAUUGCUUCAGUCAACUCUCUACAAGAUGGAGACCUUUGGGGAUGGCACUAAGUGUCUGUCUUAUAGAAAAGACAAAUGAAGCGAGUAAAGAAAGGCGGUGACCAACUCUAGGUGUCUGCUUUACAGAGGUGUUUGUCUUACAGGGUGUUCGUCAAGUGAGAGUUGACUACUGGUGGUUUUCACUGUCAUGCAAUCAAAAUUUAACAUGGAAACCUUUCAAUACAGAAAGUCUAUGAAUAUACAAAAAACCUUGCCAAGAAUCAGGUCUGUGCAAUAUUUCAUUUGCGAGAUAUUCGGAAAAACGUUUUACCCAAAUUUAUAUAGCUUUGUGCGGAGUUGCCAUGCUUUGUGUCCCUUUCAGGGGUACAAAUAUAACCGUUGGAAACCAACAGAAACGUCUGUUUUUAAGUUUUCCUACUAAUGCAUGAGUCCUUUGCUUGAGGAACUCAUAAAGAUUAAAGUAAUAUUUAUUCUGAGACAAGCAAUGUUUAGAUAGCAAAAUCUCCCAAAAUCGGUAACGUACAUGUAAGAGCUUUCCUGGCUAGCAGUUUAAUGCCACGUCACGCAAAAGCCUGGAAAUUCAAGCAUCCAUGUGUUGCAAAAUGAAGAACCCUUUUGAACUGAAAAUUUGUUUGUAUAAAGGUUUUAAGGUGCUGUAAUACCACAUGAAGUAGAAACUGAGAAGAAGCGAUAGGCUCUUAGUUUGAAUUUUGGUGACGUAAUGUGGAAACCAAGAAUAGUCCUUAGUUCUCUUACAUCAAUGUGAGUAAACUUUUAAAGUAAACAGAAACCAAAACAUUCACGCCUAACCCACUCGCACCUUGUGGAGGCAGCAUGGCUGAGCAGCUAGGGGGCUGGACCCGUAAUCCAGAGGCCCUGAGUUCAAGUCCUGCCCUGACUGCUAGCUGGAUUGCUUCUUGGUCGUCCCAAGUAAAAUUCUCGACCAUGCUUGUAAAUAGCCAACUGGUUCACCUCCUACCAAUUGGGAUUCUAAACAAUGCUAUUUUCUAUUUAAAUUUAUUUCUUUCAUUAUCCCUGAAAAGCACCAUAACUAAGGGGAGAGGAUAAUUAAGUAUUAUUAUAUUAUCAUUAUUAUUAAAUUAGGCCAAAAAUGCUGUUUGAGUCUAUAGUCGAGCCAUUUUCUUGUCACCAAGGUGCCCUUCGUGCUCUCUUAGAAGACAGGAUGGGUAUAAAGGGUUGCGAGACAGAGAAGAAAGAGUACUUGUGAGUUCUAAAAGGGUGGUAUGCCGGAGAAUUAGGAGGAAAUUACCGUAAAAUUCCGAAAAUAAGCCCCUCCAUGUAUAAGCCCGUCCAAAUAUAAGCCCCCCAAAAUCGUAACGCAAAAAGCCUCCGUUAAAUCGCCCCUCCAAAUGUAAGCCCCCCUGGGGGGCUUGGAAUUUGCACUCGAAUACAAAGUAAAACAAAGCAAAAAUGGUACAUUUCCUUCCCACUACAAGCUAGCCUAAUCGAUUUUGAAACGCAAAUUUUCCUGCGUAGAUAAGCCCCUCCAAAAACAAGCCCCUCAAAAAGGGCCUUUGAAAAAUAUAAACCCCGGGGCUUAUUUUCGGAAUUUUACGGUACACAACAAUGUCUAAUGUUUCACAGGAAAAAAAGGGCAGGUUGUGAGAAUGCAAAGUGCGGGAUGCGGGAGGGUUGGACUUCCGUGUCCUUUAUCCCAUGUACACAUGUUGUAUGUUUAAAGGUGUGUCAUAAGGAGGAUCGCUUUUGCACGAAAUGCUGGUCAGACAUAGAUGAAUCCAUGUGACGGGUCUUUUUUUCGCCGUGUAUAAACAAGUGAAAAAGACUCAACUUAUUUUUUCUGCUCUUUUUGUUUACUUGCAGUCAAGAGCUCUUAAUGGCUGGGCUAGACUUGUUAUUGGCCUUCUCAAUCGCAUGUAUCGUGACGAGGAGCUUGAACUACGAGCAAAGCAGCUGUUGUACAUGCGUGACAGAGAGGAACUCCUUGAUGAACAAUUGAUGUCACACAAGGAUGUCACACACCACCAGUCAGAUACGUCUUUUGUGCAAGCCAAUACGUUACAGUUACUUCAGGUAUGACUAAGGUAUUGCAGAUCAUCUGUAUGCAGGGUGUAGUCGUUUCUGCCACUACGACAGUCGUCCCCCAAAAAUGACGCUGGCUCAGGCGCGAGCACUACUUAGUAUUGAGAGAAAAUCUCGUACUCAUAGUCGUCCUCGUCUUAGAAACUAAAGCCCAGUAGAUUAGCGUAGAUUAGAAAUUCAAAAGCACUUAUUUUCUUAAAUUACCCCACUAAGAAAGAGAUGUGGAGGUCCAAUGCGAUUCUUAAACCGCGUCCUAAGUUAGACUUCGUUUAAAUAACCGACCCUAAAGGUCUCUGAUAUUUUUAAGGCUAAAGAGGAAGAAGAAGCUCGUCAGAGAACGCAAGAACGAGAACGACUUGAGCAACAGAGACGAGAACUUCAAGCAAAGUUCAAACAAAGGCGAGUGCCGUCUGCGUUUCACUCGCGGAGGUCCGCAAGGAAGGACAGUGUCAAUAGAGAAGCUGAGAUUGAUCUAUCAGAAGACCUACUGGUUAAACCAGUUAGGAGCAGCAAGGGAUCAGCUGACCUUACCGGGGGGGAAGACGCUGUGAGUUUCAACGAAAUUUUGUAGAAAACAUGACUUACCGGUCUAUUCAGUUGCUGGUCGACAUGGUUUUGAACGAAAUCUUUUGACAACUCCCCCCCUUUCCCCGCAAAAAAAGAAAAAAAAAACAAUAUUUAACCUUGGUUACCAAGUUAACAAUACGACAACAAAUUAAAGGUACCCUAUCAUACGAAAUGAACGCUUUUCAUGAAAUGAGUGUUUAUUUUGUUAAGGAUAAGUUCCGCGCCAUGAGUUAAAUGAAGCGUUAAGCGUUAAUUUCAGGGGCACUCAACCUUAAUUUUCGGAAAAUAUCUGUUGGUGACAUCUAGAAUUUUUGGAACAUUUGUUGUAAAAUUUUUUCUCAUUAAGCGAACAUUCAGUCAUUUUUAAACGGAUUUUCCCGACAUGACGAGAAAUUUUCGAAAAAAAUCCCUAUAAUUUUCGGAUCAGUAUUCAGCUAGGAAACCGAACAGAUGAAAAAGGGUGAAGAUAUCUACUGUUUAAAUACUAAAAUAAGUUUAACAAUGCUAUGUUUAAGUGGUUUUGAACUAUAUUCUCGUUGGGUGCCCCUGUAAUUUCCAUGGUUUGACCCCAAAUUCUCGCUGCACUUCAGUCAUUCCUGACAUGACGAGGAAAAACGAGUAUUUUAUCAGGGUGAAGAUCUCCCAGUUUAGGUAGAAGAAGCUCGAAGUGUCCAGAUUUCUUCGUUUAUUAAGCCCUCGACGUUUAGGCAAAGUACCACGAACACUGCUUCCUUUUUGGAUUACAGUAAACCCCACAUAUAAGAACCUAAUGAUAUAAGAACCCAGAGGCUGAAAUUUGGCAUUUAAAUACCCAAAAAUGUAAGAACCUGUUCAGCCUGGCAAAGAAAAAUUGGUUCUUAUACAAAAAAAGAUCAGUCCAAUCUUGAUGGUCAAAUUUCUCAAUUUUAAUUGUGUGAAACAUGUUAAUUUUUGACAAAAGGUUAUUGUGUAUAUGUUUUCUUUGAUUUACAUUUCACAUUUUCUUUGAUUCACAUUUGUUUUUCGCUAGAAGUAUGCUUUCCAUAAAGCUAUCUUGUAAUAUAGACGAUUCGAAAUCUUAACAUCUUAUUUAAAAAAUAUAGAAAUGUAUUCAUAGAUGUUCUUUGACGUUGAAUGUUUGUCAUUAUGUAUAAGUACUGCAAUAUUUCCGCCGAUGGUUACACUAUGAUGACCUCUGGGAAAUAAGAACCAUUUAAAUACCUAAUCAGCCUGAAUUGUGAAAAACUACCCUAAAAUAUAAGAAUCGUACCUGUUCAGCCUGACUUCGAAAAUUCUAGGUUCCCAAAUGUGGGUUUUUAAUGUAAAGACUUGAAUUUGUUGCUGAUUUAUCAACAAGUUUUAUUUCUUUUGUGUGCGUCGCGUCAAUUUCCUUCAUUUUCAAAAUGGUACCCCCUUUUUUCGUCAACUCACGUUCAAAUACUGUAAUUACAAAGACAAGUGUUAAUUUCCUAUAAUGAGAUCACCCUAUUUAGGGACGGACCAUUAGAAAAGUUAUGGGGGGGAGGGGAAUUUUCGAGCCGCAGGAAUUUUUUUUUGUUAUCAAAUUCCUUGUAUGAAUUUUUUUGGGCCAUAGAAUUAAUAUUUUUUUAGGAUUAAUUGGCGUGCAUGAAUUUUUUUCAUUUAAUUUUCCCUUGUGGGAAUAUUUUUUUUGUACUUCGCCGCCCCACCCCCCACCCCCCGUAAGUUUUCUAAUGGUCCGUGCCUUAUCCUGAGAGCGGAUUCUGCCCACAAUCACCAUGAAACAUGCCCCACCAUUUUGCGGUCCUAACAGUGGUUGCGGUUAGCCACUGACGUGAUAUCAAUAAAUCAUAACAUCUGCAUCAUACGAGUUGCAUGCAGGUUUUAUUUAUUUUUUUACUUUUUUUUCAGAGACAUGUAAAUAGUGCGAAAGAUCUGGAAGAUGAGACAAUCAAUGCAGGUAAGAAAAGAUAAGAUAAAGACUUAAUUGAAAGAGGGUUAACACUAAAUAGCCAACGGCUGAUAAACUUGUGGCCCUCUGAAAUACUAGAAAAAAAUGAUUAAAUACUUAGAUAAUACUAAACCCAUAUAAAAGUACAAGAUAUACCUAUAAUUUAUAAUCUAAAUCUAAACUUAUCAAGAAAGUUAAAUAAUAAAAUGAUUAAGAGUCUGUUGAUGACUACCCACCUGAUUAGGUUUGAACAAACUGGGCUUUAUUGUUUCUCCCUCCCCCCUCCCCCCCCCCCCCCCCCCCCCCCCCUCCCUCUUCUCACGAAUUCCAUACAAGUUCGGCGGGAGUUCGUAUCACUAGUAACAAAUCCGCGGUAGAUUAGAGUGUCUUGACUACAGGGCGGGAGGUCGCGGGUUUGAUCGCUGGGGCGGGACUGAGAAAUGAAGUUGCUGCGUUUGGCGUGCAAACGGCUUGACCUUCGCGUGGCUCGGAUGGCCACGUAAAAUGGCAGUUUCGUCUUGAGCAGAAGGAGACGUAAAAAUACUGCCUUCACUUAGUGUUUUCGUGCUUAGUACAUUUACACUCGAAAAGCACCAGCAUUCCCUUCCAAUAGGUGGUUUUCAGGUUACGUCAUCGCCGCCAUGCAGGUGGACGGUAAACAAAAGAUUGCUCAUUAGCUCGCUUUGUUUGUCCACCAGCAUUUGUUCAUUUCACCAUUGUUAUUUGUGUCUCCCGAGAUUGCAUGAAAACCACCUAUAAGAGUUAAUUAUAUCUUCCUUUGUUUGUUUUUUUUUUUAUUUCGCAGACGCUUCAUCGUGGUCUCGUCUUGCCGAAGUCGAAAAGGUUUGGUCUCGUUACAAAAGUUGUUAUUUUUCUGUAGCUAUUGUACAUUGGUUCAACCAAAUAAAAUAAUAUUUUAACAUUGUCUUUUUAGCGUGCUAGCGAUGUGUUCCUUACGAGAAGGAGGUCGAGCUCACUAAGUCGGUAAGAUUAUGGAAAUUAAUUUUUUUGUUGUUUUUCUUGAUCUUCUAUUGUUAUAGUGAUUAAGUUAGCUGAAACUAUAAUAUAUAGAUUUAGCCAGGGCUAAAAGCGAAGCUCUCGAUAAUAUUUAUAGUUUGUUCAAACAAAAUGUAAAAUCAUGUAAUGCUAAGCGGCGAAGGAAACGCCGGAGAACGGUGGAAAACAACAAGAGGUCUAAUUAGCAAAAAAGCAACUUUGCACGUGCAGCACACUUUUUUGUACAUUUCUUUGCCGCUGUUUUGCACGACUACAACUUGAAACUUCCAGAAACUUCUUAGUUACACGUUUUUUUCGUUCACUUUUUUUUUUUCACUGCCGCUCAUUUUCACCUUGCAUUGGUGGCCUCUUGCAUUUCUCAUUUUGUCACCGCCGUUACAAAAUUUUCAUGUUGUUCUUCCAACAAAAAAAUGUCUCCUUUGUUUUUUUAUCUCUCGCUCUAAAUCUCUGUCGCCCCUUUUUCUCGUUGAGCUUCGCUGGCCUGCCGCCUACUUUCUCUUUUUCUCUGUGUUUCUCUUGCUCUAUAUUCCAAAUUUGGACAAUUUCCGCUUUCCAUUUUCCUCUUCAUUGACUCUUUAGUUGUUUCUGCUUUACAAGACGCGGGUGGCUAUGCGAUUUCCCGUCAAAAUAACCUCGAGUUGCAUUUGGGUUGCCAUACCUGUUGAUUGAGUUAUUGUACAUUGGUAUGCCUGUGGUGCGGACGGACGGUCUCUCGGGCGGUGUACGGUCACGUGAUUACCAAAUUUUCUCGGAUGGGUAGUUUACCACAUUUUCUUACCCACGGUGCUGCGCUGUGCGCGCUUCGCGCGCGAGAGCUCCGCUACAAAUUCCUAUCCAUUUUUUAAAUCUUGAAGGUAGUUUGCUCGACCAAAUAGCUACUCGAAUUUAAAAUCGCGAUGUCGGGACUCUUCUUUGCAAAGUUAAUCAUGAAAGUCACUGAAACUUACAUAGAAUUGGAAAUUUAUCUUCCAGUUCUCUGAUCGUAUGAAUCCCUAAAAUAAUUUUAAAAUAACGGUAAAAGGGCGUGUAUCAAACACUGCCAGCCAGAUAUUUCAAAAUAUUUAACAAUUGGUUCAUGCGUUGAGAUCGCGGGAAAAAUAGUUGCACGAGCGCAGCCAGUCCUUCGUUAUGCUUUUUGUUCAAAGUGCUCAAUAUCUCGACAUACGCACAGCUGCAGCAUAAAACAAGUACAGUCCUUCGUUAUGCUUUUUGUUCGUGUCACUUACCUAAAGUACCCUUUUUUCUGGUUGAUAAUUGUUUGUUUGUUUUGUUGUGUUGUUUUCUAACAUUUAAAAGUCCGAUCUUUUUUUUUUCGAUGGGAACGGUGUAGAACUGAAGACAAUAAAACAAACUUUUUUCUUUGUCCCUGAUCAAUCAUUUUAGAUUUUAACCCGACAUAAGCAGUAAGCUGUAGACCAAUAAUCGAGUCGAGUUCUCGACAAGCGGACCAAUCUUCCUGUUUAAAAAAACACGCACACAAAAAUUAAGACUUGAGCCAGCCUGGCUAACCGGGCUGCUAGCACUCCUGAUAUUCCUUCUCCACAGUGAGGUCUAAACCGCUAAUCCAGCUGAGAUCUUAACAAGCGGGCCAGCCUGCCUGUUAAUCUAAACACAGCGAAACCUUUAAUGAGGAAAUAAGGCUUGAACCGAGUUAGCGGGGCUAACCGGGCUGGAUCACCUCAUAUAGACAGGCACUAAGCUCUAGCUGUUUGUUUCUUCAACAGAGAGGACGCAAACUCAGUAGAAAGGAAGCAAGAUUCUUCAGUAAGUCAGACUGCGGUUAAGCUUGUCAUGUGACCGUCCUAAGGUCAUGUGACAGUUGUGCAACCACGCACUUUCGAUUGAUUCAGCGGAAAUAUUUCAGAACAAUAUUUAUUUCCUUUCCAGUCUAUAAUGUCUUUUAAUUGAGCUGUUAAUUUUUUUCUCCUAACAAGUCUGCUUUUUUUUUAAGUUCUUCCUCCUCGGAGACCCAGGAGUAGCUCAUUUGGAUAAUGUUCCUAUGGAGAUAGUCGUUUCAAAUUUUGCAAGAAGAACAGAAAAUUCAGAAAAUGCUUCACUGAAUUUACCUCGACAAAUAUAAGUGGACAUCGUGAAAUCGGCCGAUUUUACGAUGUCCUCGAUACACGCACAAUAUUGGUGGCACACACACUGAUAUUUUUUUUUCUCCAAUAUUGUCAUAAAAAUUAUAUAGACUAAUUGAUCAUUAAAAUAUAUUCAGUCUGGACUUAAUUCCAAUAAUACCAGAAAUAGUGCUUCCGAGCCGCAAGGAAUGUAUUUGGGAAACCGUUUUUGCCAAUUUUUAUGAUUUAUGCUAUAGUUGUUUGUGUUAUAUAUUGUUUAUUUUUCAUAAUGUUCAUUUCCAAUAUUUCUGUAAAUUAUGUACGUAUUUUCAAAAUUAGUGAACAUCUUUUUAUCAUUUCUUUCUUACAGCAUCACUCUCGUUCACAAACAAGUGAAGGCUCCGGCAAGAAAACCAACGUCCAACCAAGACCGAGGCCUAAGACAGCGAGUAUGUGAACACCAAUCAUUAAUUUAUUUAUAUUGUCUUUAUUGUCUGUGUUGAGAUUGUGACGAGUGUUGUGACUGUGACAAGUGAUGUGACUGUAACGGGUGUUGUGACUGUGACGGGUGUUGAGAUUGUGGCGAGUGUUGUGACUGUGACAAGUGUUGUGACUGUAACGAGUGUUGUGACGGGUGUUCAGACUGUGACGGGUGUUGUGACUGUGACGGGUGUUGAGACUGUGACGUGUGUUGUGACUGUGACGGGAGUUGAGGCUGUGACGGGUGUUGUGACUGUGACAAGUAUUGUGACCGGUAUUGAGAUUGUGACAAGUGUUGUUACGGGUAUUAAGACUGUGACAAGUGUUGUGACGGAUAUUGAGACUCUGACGAGUGUUGUGACUGUGACAAGAGUUGUGACGGAUAUUGAGACUUUGACGAGUGUUGUGACUGUGACGAGUGUUGUGACGGGUAUUGAGACUGUGACGAGUGUUGUGACGGAUGUUGAGACUGUGUCGAGUGUUGUGACUGACUACCAAGAGGCAGGUGCGAUAACAAUAGGAUAUGUGUGUUCUUUAAGCGAAACCUAAGCCCAACCCUAUACGACCCAUGAAAUGCACAACACGCCUGUGAGUUUUAUAUCCACCGCCAGCAGUGCAGGUUUUUACACAUUCCCUACGAAUUAAUAGAGGCAGAAUGACAAGACAAUGCCAUAGGGUUAAUCACGGCCAGCGCCCCCACGAUUCUCUUGAAGCUCCGGCGACCAGGGAAACCACCCUGUAGUCAUCGCGGCAACUCGCAUUAGUACUCGCAGUACCUUUUUACUACCUACCCCACAACUUUUUUCCUCUUUCUUCUUUAAUUUUUUCUUUUCUGGAGGACCCUGACCAACAAAAUCUUACCAGUUUUCUUUAGUCUGGCUGCCCAUGUUUCGAGGCCCGCUCAGCAAGCAGGAUACUAAACAACUGCAAGUAGCCCAAUCAAACAUUUUUUUCCGUCGCCAACAGUACUUAUCGCAUCCAUUUUCUGUAAACCAUAAAAGGCAUGUAUACAGACAAACUCACCAGUUAGGAAUUCGCUAGUGAACAAGGAAGGCUUGUUAGUGCAUUCAGACUUGUAUUGACACCAGACCUGGUGUUUUUCUUUUACCUUACAGCUGUAAAAAGUUCCUCCAUAGGUAGUGGAAAAGACAAAAGAAGACCUCUUUCUGCCCACUUGUUCCAACCAAGACCUUCGGCCAAACCACCUCCAGCUUUUGAUACAAGCAAAACUAAGAGGCAAUUGGACCUCAUUGAAAGAGACUUAAAGCUAACCACAAAAACGUUACAGGAUCGUCUUGGUAUCGCCAAACAGGGAUUCGUUUGAAUCAAAAAACGUCUUCCACCAUGUUUUGUUAGCCUGAGAAAACAGCUGACAUUUCGCGACGCCUGACCACAGCUAGUUUACUCACGAAAUGAUAUUUGAGGAACGGGCGCAGAAAUUUCAUCUUGAUGACGGUUCACUACCCAGAUCUGGGUAGUGCUUCUGAUCGGUUAAAGCAAAUUUCUCUCACGGCACAACCAAUCAGAAGCAGAUCUGUGCAGUAACACGUCAUCAGUAUGGAAUUUCUUCGCCCUUUCCUUCAGAUCUACGUCAUUUCGCGAAAUUUUUUGAAUUUCUGAAUUGAAAACUUUAAAACGCCAUGAUUAAUGUAACUUUCAUAGAUGAAGCAUUCAAGUUAGUUCAGUGGAAUUUUGAUCACGAUGAGUAAUCAAAAUUUGACGGCCCUGGAAACCCGGAU